AUGGCACUUAAAAUGGCUGUACAUACAAGUAGUAUCAUCGGUAUCGGAAAGCCUGAUUAUGUGGUCGGAGGAAAAUAUCGUCUGCUUCGUAAAAUCGGUAGUGGAUCUUUUGGUGACAUAUACCUUGGAAUAAAUAUUACAAAUGGAGAGGAAGUAGCAGUAAAACUUGAACCAAUUAGAGCAAGGCAUCCACAGCUUUUAUAUGAAAGUAAACUAUAUAAAAUUCUUCAUGGAGGCAUAGGAAUACCACAUAUCAGAUAUUAUGGCCAAGAAAAAGAAUAUAAUGUCCUUGUUAUGGACCUGCUCGGUCCGUCGCUGGAAGACCUCUUCAAUUUUUGUACCCGCAGAUUCACCAUUAAAACCGUACUCAUGUUGGCAGAUCAAAUGAUCACUCGUAUAGAAUUUGUCCAUUGCAAAUCAUUCAUACAUCGUGAUAUAAAGCCGGAUAACUUCCUCAUGGGCAUCGGCCGUCACUGCAACAAAUUAUUCUUGAUCGAUUUUGGACUGGCUAAGAAAUUUAGAGACACCAGAACUAGAAUGCAUAUAAUAUACCGUGAAGAUAAAAAUUUAACUGGUACUGCCCGGUACGCGUCCAUUAAUGCACAUCUUGGUAUUGAGCAGUCACGUAGAGAUGACAUGGAAUCUUUAGGAUAUGUAUUGAUGUAUUUCAAUAGAGGCUGUUUGCCAUGGCAGGGAUUGAAGGCGGCUACAAAGAAACAAAAAUAUGAGAAGAUCAGCGAGAAGAAAAUGUCCACACCCGUAGAAGUUCUUUGCAAGGGCUUCCCCGCUGAAUUUUCCAUGUACCUGAACUAUUGCCGUGGACUUCGUUUCGAAGAAAACCCCGAUUACAUGUAUUUGCGGCAAUUGUUCCGUAUUCUAUUCCGUACCCUGAACCACCAGUACGAUUACACAUUCGAUUGGACUAUGUUGAAACAAAACGCCGCAUCUGGUACUGGCAGUUCUGUGGCAGGACAAGCUUCGACACAAGCCCAUCAACAAGCUCAAGCGUCCGUCACAGCUCCACACUUAGCGAACCGAGAUAAAAAAGACGAUGAAAAGAACAAGCAGAAUUCUGCUAAAGGCGGCAAUCGUUAACCCAACACUCGGCAUCGAUUGAGCUAAUCUGCAUAUGGUUGGUUGACCUAUUUCAGUCUUUAAAAAAACAAAAGACGUCUGACUCUUUUAUAUAAAAAUUAAAUUUUAUUAUAAGUGAGCAUAUACGAAUUAUUAUUUACAUUAUCUACACGUCGUUUUAACGGAUAUUGUAUAAAAUAUAAUAAAAUAACAAAAAAUAUACUGAAGAUGGCGACCGCUUACAAAACAGGUCGUAGUCUUGGAUAACGAAUGUGAGUCGAAUGCUGUGCGGGAGUGAAUGCAAGUCAGGCUGUAUUAUUUAAAUAUUCUUAGGUAGUAUAACAUGUAAUUCGGAUUCGAGAUAAUAAGUGAGUACGUAAAUGUCAGACCAGUCUGUUCUUUAAAAAAUGCAAGAUUGGGACCAGUCUCCAGGAUAUUAUCGGAAUAUUCAAAUAUCUGCACGUAGAUUUUAUCAACGUUAAAAUUUCAUUACUAUUGCCUAUACAUCUUCGUUAUUGAACUUAAUGAUCCAGUAAACAUGUCGUGUCACCAAUUAUUCCACUAAUAUAGAUUCCAUCUUAUUUAUUUUUCGAAUUGAUGGUUACGUUUUAUUCUCAAAAUGACUCUAUACUUCCUGUGAAUUUUCGAUUCCACAUAAAUUAUGGCUAAGUCAUCCCUUUUGCCCCAAUCAUAAGCUGCAUUUCUAUAAUCGUUAAGCUUUUUGAUGUCCAAAGUUCAGUUGGCAUCGUCUAUUUGUAAAUGGUGGAGAUGUUUAUUAGUUUUCUUAUUUGCUCUUGUAUUUAUUAAUGCCCUUAAGUUUUAUUAUUGGUAUUUGCAUUAUAUUUUUGUUUGGUAUUUACCUUCACUGAUUCUUUCAUCAAUUGUUGUCUGGUAUAUAACACAGUUAUUAUCUGCUAGAUUUAACUUCUUAUCAGAUUUGGUCAUUUUUUGAUAAAGUUUGCACAACGUUUUAUUCAACAGACUCCUGGAGACUGGUCUCUUAUUGAUUCUUCUAAGUACUGUACAUAUUUUCAGAUUUUUCGAUUUUUUUUUUCUAGACUGUAUAGUUCGAUUAGUUUAUAUGAACUCUGAAAUGAUACUAUAUAAUAAAAAUGUGGAAUAGUUAACUAGUAUUGUAACUAAAAUUUCUCGCAAUUAUCGAGGAAGCUAAAUAUCGUUUGUGUAUUUUUUUAGAACAAGCUGUGGGGUAAAUAUGUAUGCAUCUGAUAUCAAAAAAAAGUAUAAAACCCAGUUAGAUAAUAGUGUUUAAUAUCAAUAGUGUAGUACUAGCCUAAAAGGUAAGGCUUAUAUUGAGAUGCGAGUAACGCUUGCAAGGAGACAUUUUGACAUUGUGGCAUUUAUCAGCAAGACAAUUUGUUGGUAAUAUGUGCUACACACAGAUAACAGAUUGAUAAAACAUAUGCUGGAAUGGAAAUCCUGCAUCAUGACAUCUGCAUGUCAUAAAAUAACGUAAUUACAUCACAGAUUCUGCAAAAUGUCACCUCAAAAGUACCACUUGCGUCUCCAUAAGCAGCUUGCCAAAGACUUGUUGCGUAUGGCUUGUUUUAUCGACUUUAGUAAUGCCAAAUUAUAACUGUUAUUAAAUACCAAAAGUAAGCAAGAAAACUAAAAAUCUUCAAUAAUGACAUUGUUUGAUGUUUAUUAUAUAAAUCUAAUGUUAUUAAUUAAACCAUAUAUCUAAACUAUAAGAAUUCCGUUAAUUUGACACAAUUGUAUUAUCAAUAUUUACUUUAGUUUAAUAACUCCCAUUUUUCAAUUAAUGUAUGAAUAUGUCAGGCAAACAUGGAUAUAAACAUUAAAAUAUAAAUAACAAUACAAUACACUGUAUCAAUAUUGAAAUACACAUAAAUUUUUUAAACCAUUCGUUCUUUUUCUUCUUCUUUUCCAGCGUUUUUACUACCCUCCUAAUCCAUAUUUCUCUAAAAUCAAUUUGUGAGUCUGCUAGAGCUCAUACAAGGACAGCUCAACCAUCGUAACGUGGCCGGUGAGGGAAUCGUAUGUCGCUACCUUGGAAUAAGACUGUCUUAUGUUAAAAUAUGACAAUUUUUAGAAAUAGCAAUUUAAAAAAUCGAUGAAAAAUCUUAUGAAACUGCGAACAUACUAAUAUUUUUGCUUUGAUGUGUACUAGCCUGUAAACAUCUAUACUUAGUCAAUCCCAUACUUCUUAAAUACUAUUUUCGACUAUAACAUUUUUGAGUUGUGACGUUUUUCUUAUAAAAAACGUGUUCGGUGUUUUGAGAUAAAUCACUUUUUUAUUAAAAUUGUUUCACAUGCUUUUUAUAAAUGUGUGUUUAUAAACUAUAACUGAAGAGAAUACUACAACUCAUUUUAAGCAUAACAUCAGCUUCUAAGACUGCCACAACUCAAAAUAAUACAUUAUUCUUUACAGAAAGUAUUGUAUUAUCUUAUUAUGUGUUUGAGAAAGUGUGGCAUAUCUCAAAAGAUGACAAUAUUGUACAAAAUGUCAAUCCACCUUUUCGAUUAACAAUAACUACACUUCUACCAUCUGACAGCCAUGGGCAUAAACUCGUAACUUUUUUUUUGAGAUAUGACAGUAUUUUUCCAAGUUAGCGAUAUUCCCCAAUUUAAUAUGUGUAAAGUGAACACAAAUGUGAAGAGAACCACCAGUGAGCUACCAUAUUAGCUGAUCAUAUUCGCAUUAUUCUCUUUCAGCUCCAAUUUACACCAGGACCUCUUUUGGCUAAAUUAAUAAAUGUUUUGGCAGAUGAUAUCAGUAUUUCUAAAGUUCAAUAAUUUUUUGAUUGGCCAUUUACAGCUACUACACUUAACAAAAAAUCUUAAUCCAAAAAAAGGCAUAUUAACUGAAAACUACACUUUGCAGUAAUUCUUAAUCAGUUUUGCUUUAAUUCAAAUAUUUGUUAUAAAAAACGCAUAUUGCCGUGAAAUAGUACUAAUUGUUAAUGUAUCAAAUGAAAAUAUCAAUUGCAGCUUAAUACACUUAAUUGUGUGAACCAUGUGAUUUUAUUUGAAUACUUAAAAAACAGGUAAAAUAAUUAUUUUACUACAUUUCUUAAUUAACGAAUGUUUUUGAUGGCAGAUGCAUACAUAAGUUUGGAUCUCUGAAUGAAAAAAAGAGCUACAUUGUAAAAAAUUACUAUCCUUAACGUAUCCAUGUUUAUUUUAUAAUGUAGCGGAAAUGUGGUGUUCUCGUAUUUGUUUAUUUAUCACGAACUGAUAAUCUUAAGAAUUGCCAAUUGUCUUGUUUUCGCAGUGUUCUGGCACCGUUUUUGUUUUAUAUUGUGGUGUCAGGCGGCUGCCGCAUUUGAACAGGACAAUGAUCAUCAUUUUCACAAUAAUAUUUAGAUCGCAGGGCAAUGAAUCAUAAAGUAAUGUCAAUUUUUAUUAAAAUUGAUUUGGGAUAUAAACAAAAUAGCUUUUGUAGAGGCUUUAGAAUCAUUAACUACUUUAUUUUUUAGGAAACCACAAUUAUUUUUAUUUUUGAUUUCCAACUCCAAAACCGUUCUUAUAAUACUAUUAAUUCAUUUUCAAAUAUAAAGUAGUUAAUGAAAAAAUUACAAAAGUAUCUUUAUAACCACCGAACAUUCGGACGUUCGACUUGUAAUGAGGAGGGUUUAUACCCGUGCUUUCCCUGCCAAUUCAUCGUUUAAGUUGUUUUUUCUGAUUGGUGUCUCUAUACAGAAAUCUAUCUGCUAUAAAGUUGCUGCCGUCAGCUAUUUGUUUCGAGCCAUUUGGAUCUUUUUUCUGUUUGGUGUACAGGCGUGAACGCCACGUGGCUCACUAAUAUGUUAGUGUCGGUCAAUAUUUAUCUAGUCUCGGUUUUGGUUUUUAAUAAUAGUUUACUUCCUCUUUCAGUUAAUCGUCGGAAUUUGGCUUGGAUGUUUUUUGCUUUUUUCGUAGUGUUAGUUACAUCAGAUAUGAAUGUUAGCUUGUCUAACGUGACUCUCAGAUAUUUAGCUUCGUUGGUCCGUUCAUUUGGGAAAUAGAAAAUUUUAACUGGAGAUUUUCUCUGAACAUUAUUGCCUGGGAUUUCUCAGGAUUUACUGCAAUCUUCCACGCUAUGUAUCAAUUUUCUAGCUCUUAUAGAGCAAGGUGUAAAUAUCUAACUAGUGUGUUUGGUUGGAUUCUUCUGGAUGUUGUUGACCUCAAUAUACUACAGAGCAACAUAAAUAUUUUUGACUAUUGUCAUCCCAAUACAAAUUUUUACUUACAAAUGUUGUUGACCUCUAAUAAAUUUAUAGGACGUAGUGAUCUGAGUUGAGUAAUUUUCGUGUAAAUUAUGGUUUGCUUUUGGUCUUAUCUAAGGCGCUCGUCACUCAUGUCCAAUAGUUGUAACGCUCACUCUUGUUCCUCUUAGCGAAGUCCAUACAUAUCUGCUACCAGCUUGAUAUUAUGUAGGCAGUAUUUAAAGAGACCAUGAUCAGUCAUCAGUCGAGAACACUAUCUUGAAUGUGCUGCCUCGAAAAGUUUGUUUGUCGGGUUUAAAUCAGGGAAGCCACUUGAUUCUUCUCCAAAGAUGCCGAAAGGUGAUGUCCUAAUCGAGUCUUACGAUGACUUUCAGGUAAAUCCCUUAUAUUAUGUUUGUAAAAAAAUAUUGUAGUUUCGACUUUAAGAUGAUACUUUAUGAGAAAUUGCCCUGUACAUUAGAAACCCGUAUGGAUGCAAAAUCAUUCAGUUUUUCGGCGUUUUAUAGCUUGUAGCCAAACAAGCAUGAAAGUUAAAAAUAGAAUUUGUAUUUUUGUGAUAAUUUCUUAUCUAUUUUGUGUUUGUUUGGUUACCGUUAAAUUAUAGAAAACUUGUAUAUCCGUACUGGUUCCCGAAUUAUUUCUAGAUCAAAAAUGUUUGAUUAUCUUACGUUUUGUAUACACGAUUUUCUAGUUUUAUGCAGAUUAAUGUCGUUGUAAUAAGUUCACAUUUUCGUGUUAUCCAGCAAAGUGGUUGCAUAUCGUAAUUAUUGAUUUUAUUUAUGCUCCUUAUUCCUCCAAUAAAGAUAUUCUUUAAAUUUGAAGUAUGUGUUAAAUCAAUUUUUUAUUCAAUGUUACUAAAACAAUACGAUUCAAGAACAGGAAAAAUUAUUGAGAGAAAUAAUAAGUCAAGAAGUCCAAAUAUAGCAGGACCACUAAAAGAUAUAAAAUCCCUGAUACACAACGCACCUGAGUGCGGACCAUUUCGAACCAAACCAUAUAGAAGCAUGUACAGUUUACACAUAUUACACAAGUAAUUGCUGCGUUAAUGGGGAAAAUGUCCACAACUAUUAACAUUUGGUAUUAUCUGCUAGAAAAACGAAUAACUUACAAUCCACGUUAAUUGGAGAUAAUAAAAUCACUAACAUUUAGUUAUAGUUAUAACAUUUAUUGUAAGAACUGCCAUGAUUCUAGAGCAAUGUGUCUACUAUGUUGUCGCAGUGUAUUAUCGAUCAUAUUAUGGACUGCGAUUAUGACAAGCUGCAGUUGGUUAGUUGUGAUAUCGGUAGAAAUAGAAAAAUCACAAAUUACCCAAUUUUUCCUUGCUAAGCCUAUAGCUGUUGUUAUUAAUUGAAUAUAUUGAUUUAGCAUAGUGAUUUGAUAAAAGUUUAUUAUUGCUUGUUGGAGCGAGACUGGCGCAACUAGAAAAAAUAUUGUUGAUCUUGAGAUAAUCGUUCUAAUUGUUGAAUGUAAAUCAUCUAUCAUAACUCUCUAUUAAUUUUUAAUUUAAUUUGUAAAUGUAAAAUUGUGAAAAAAUGAUUCUGUAGCUGCAACAUUCAGUAACUGCCAUGGUAAAUAUUUAACUUUCGAAAUUCAGUGUAAAAUAAAUGUGUGUAAUAAUACAACUACUACUAUUACAACAAUUUGCAAGUUUAGUUUUUAUCAUUGUUAAUUAUGUAUUAUCAAUUUCUCAUUAUUUUUUAGUAGCUUUUUAAAAUAGUUAUUUCAGGCGAUGGCCGGAUAAUUUAAGUUGAUAACAAAAGUUCAGUUCCGCAUUUGUAAUUUCAAAUGUUACAGUGGGGAAUCGCAGGAAUAAAAUAAUAAAAAAUGCAUUAUC